CCACAGUUCACUUCAGGCCAACUCUUCCCCUAAACCUAAAACCGUCAGUUUGAAAAAACCUUAAUUAAUUCCCUUUCCUAAUUCUCUUCUUGGUCUACUAAUCUUCUUCUUCUUCUUCUUCUUCUUCUUCUUCAUGGGUACGAUCCAAAUUUAGCAACAACUACGAUGCUUAUUCAAAUAUAGCAGCCCCUUGAAGCGAACUAGAUGGUAAACAUCCCCUUCAAGAAUUCGCCAUGUUUAUUGCCAGAUGGUUCUCAGAUCUCGAUUGGAGACUUCUCUUGUUAAUUGUUCCUCCUCUCUUUCUCCUUGUUUUUCUCUCUGUAUCCUCUACACCAAUUACUCCUUUCUCCACUUUCGCCCCUCUUGCUUCCUUUUUCUUUAGUAGGAAUGUGAAUUCCAGCACCUCAGCUGAUGAUCCUUGUGUUUUGCCGUUAAAUCAGAGUCUGCCGGUGGGGGUGAGGUCGUGGAAGGAUGAAUUGUAUCGGUCGAGAAUUGCUGUGUGUUUGGUUGGUGGAGCUAGAAGAUUCGAGCUUACUGGACCGUCAAUUGUGGAGAAUAUUCUUAAUGUGUAUCCAAACUCAGACCUCUUCUUGCACAGUCCUUUAGAUGAAAAUUCCUUCAAGUUCUCGCUCUUGAAAUUGGCCCCUAGGAUAGCCACCGUCCGCAUCUUUCAGCCCACACCCAUUCCGGAAACUGAGGCUGAGGUCCGAGUACUCACCGCCGCGAAUUCCCCAAAUGGAAUCCAGGGCCUGUUGCAGUAUUUUAAUCUCGUAGAGGGAUGUCUCACAAUUAUAGAGGAGUACCAAAAUCAAAGCAACUUCAAGUAUGACUGGAUAGUUCGUACUCGAGUUGAUGGAUACUGGAACGCCCCACUUGCACCGGAGAAUUUCAUUCCGGGUCACUACCUGAUCCCACCGGGCUCCACCUAUGGAGGUCUCAACGACCGCCUUGGUAUUGGCGAUUUAAACUCCUCAACGGUUGCCCUCUCCCGUCUCUCAAUGAUCCCCAAACUAGACUCUGUUGGGUUACGCAUGCUUAACUCGGAAACCUCCUUCAAGGCCCAACUCACCACCUACGGCGUACCGUUCAUCACCAAACGCCUGCCUUUCUGCAUCGUAAGUGACCGUAAGUACGGAUACCCGCCAUACCGGUUUGGUGUGCCUGUGGCGGCAUUGUCGAGUCCAGGUCCGUUGAGUGGGGCUAAAUGCAGGCCGUGCACGCCUGUCUGCGAAGGAAAUUGCGUUGCAGGUAUAAUGCAAUGGCUUGAUAAGGGUUGGAGCUGGACUAAUUGGGAAAAUGGGACACUGAAGCUAUGCGACGCUCAUGGUGAAUGGGAGGAAGGGUGGGAGAAGAUCUUUGACAAAGUAGCGGGGAAGAAACGGGCCGCCGUGAGGAAGCGGAUUUCGGGUCUGAAGUUGAACCAAUGCGUGAAUGAUUUCAAUGAAAUGAAGAGGCGGAGUUCCAAGUGGGACUCUCCGCCGCCGGAAGAGAUGUGUAGGCUGGGCGUCGGAGAGAAUUAAAGUCAACGGAGCCGGCUGUAAAAAGGAGGACACCUGGAGGUUAAUUCUGGUUUUUCAUUUAUUUUAUAUAUAUAAGAGCUGGAGUUUUCUCAAUUCUAAUCUAACAGCUGUAAUUUCAUGAUGUAGUGUUUGAAAUUUUGUUUGAAUAUUUUGGCGAGGAAGUUAUUGCCCACCUAAUUUCCAUGGGCUACGUUA